AUGUCAAAGGCGUUGGCGUCUGCGUCGCGCCUCAAACCACAAAUACGACUCUCUCAGGCGAUUGCGGAGUUCCAAGCUGACCUGACUAUCGAUCAGAAAGCCGAAUUCGAUAACCACACGGCGCGCAUGUGCAGAGCCCCUCCUUCGACAAAUGAUGUAAUGUAUCUCACGGCAGAGAUAGACCAGCAGCUUUCCAGGAAACACCGUCGAUGUCUGGGUACUCGGACGACGAGCUUUCUACAAUCCGUUCAACAAUUCGCGGGCCUUGGAGAUAUAUUGGUGGGAGGCUCGCAGAACUUGAUCGCGUGUGGUGUUUGGACACUGGUGCGAAUGUCGCUGCUAAUGCUUUUGGGAUUUUCGAAUUAUUUUGAGAAGCUCUCACAUGUUUUCAUGAUUAUUGGUCGAUCGGCGCCGCGCUAUGAAAAACUUGCGCUCUUAUAUUCUCGAUCUAAUACCCUACGAUCCUCGUUGUGUGAAUAUUUCAUCGUGACUGUCCACCUAUGUCACCACAUUUUGAAGUUUACCAAGAAAUCCGCGUUUGGAAAGCUGGGCUCAGUGCUGAAUGAUCCGGAGUUACCCGAAUAUCAGUCACAGUUGGAGACAUGGGCUGAAGAAAUCAAAGGCGAGGUCAACUAUCUCAUGGCUCAGAGAAUCGAAGAACAGGCCAACGUACACACGAGGAUAUUUUCAACGAAAUCGCGGAAGUCGACCUCUUAUCAACGUCGGAUGAGAGAAUACCUGCGUGCUCUUAAAUUUUGCUCUACCUAUGAUCAUAUAACACCGUGGAAGCAAGCUCGAAAGUCUGGGCAUACGAACUUGUUUUGCCAGUGCCCAGAGUUUAUGAGAUGGAAAGACCUUGAUACCUCGAGCAGCCUCAUACUAACUGGUCCUCUGGGAUCAGGAAAGACUGUCUUGAUGGCGAACAUGGUGGAUUAUCUCAAUUUACAAUCUCAACCCAAGACCAUUCCCAUUAUCUUCUUCUUUUGCCGACACGAUCUGCCUGAAAGCCUAAGCCGACGGGUGGUGAUUGGCUCAUUAACGCGACAACUCCUGGAGCAAGGGUCAAAUUCGACCGAAAAGUUGGAGGAUUGGGAUUUGGUUAACGUUGAUGAGUGGGAGAAAAUGCGUCGCAUGUUGAACUUGAGCCUCCCUUCGGAUUUCAAAGCCUACCUGGUCAUUGAUGGCCUCGAUGAAUGCACAGCUUCGGACAGGGGGAAAUUGAUUGAAGAUCUGCGAUUUUUGCAAGACACCUUCUCCUUGAUGAUUUGUGUGUCCCUUCGCCAGACCCCGAGGUAUCCUCUCUCUAUCAACCGAGGGUGGGAAAAGUUGGCAUCGAUUAUUGUUGCACCCGUUCCGAACAACGCAACCGAUAUUGAAAAAUUCAUCGCAGAGGAGCUGGAAGCUCGUAUCGAGUCCGGAAGCCUGACCAUAGGAGACCCGGCCAUCAUUCUUGAGAUCGAAGACAAGUUGCUACAAGGCUCACAAGGGAUGUUCCUCUGGGUCGCUCUCCAGAUUGACAGUUUAUGUUUGAUGGAAACCGAUGAGGCAAUCCGCUUUGCAUUGGCUGACCUGCCUCCCGACCUAUCCACUACAUUCGCUCGUAUUCUCAAUGAGGCAGAUGAUAUCCGUCGUCCAAGCUUCAAGUAUCGGAGGAGCAUUUUCGAAUUCGUUGCAGCGGCUCACCAUCCGUUGACCCUCGAUGAGUUACGCGAAGCGUUGAGUGUAACUCCUGGGGACACGACCUGGAACCCCUCACGGCUUCCCAAUAGUAUCCUCGAUACCCUGGCCUGCUGUGGAAGCCUUCUAAUGGUAGAUGAAGAAGGGAUGACUGUGAGAUUUGUACACAGCAGUGUCAAGCAGUUUUUGAUCGAGUCCGGUUCACAGACAGAUUGGGUAUUGACUAUCGACGCGGCACACAGACACAUGGCAGAUGUGAUUAUCACAUAUCUGAACUAUGGUGUUUUCGACAAGCAACUCUCUAAGCGUCCCGAACCCCUCACUUUAAGCGUUGGACCGGCCCCGUCCGCGAUAAUUCAGUCAAGCCUUGAGUUCUCAAGCGUAGCUAAGGAUAUCGCAGUCAAACUUCUCAGGUCCAGGAAGAGCCACGGUUUUGACAUGGGUAAAUCCCUAAGGGAAAUGAAUCUUUUACCUCAUAAAGAGACCGAGCAUCAUUUCCGGUUCCUCUCCUACGCGAUGGAGCAAUGUCUCUUCCACAUAAGUCAUACUGCUAGAGGCCCACAGCUCAAGGACUUGUUGCUCCUAUUGCUCCGUCGCAAAGGAUUGCAUCUUGAAGUUGGUACUUCCGGGUCCAAUCUGCUGUUUUGGGCUGCUGAAUAUGACCACGAAGAAACCUUGAAGGUCUUAUGCCAGUACACCGGCAUAGAUCCAAAUGUGCGAGACAAAAAUGGCCGGACACCUUUGCACGUGGCAGCAUUGUUCGGGAAUGAGAUUGCCGUCAAGCAGCUACUGAGUUAUCAUGAUGUGGACGCGAAUCUCAAUGAUGACGAAGGCUGGACCCCUCUAAUCACUGCCAUUCAUUUCGCACCCGAAUCAGUCUGCAAGGCACUGAUUCAAUCCGACCGAGUCUCCACCAUUGAGCCUAAUUCGAAAACGGGUCAAACACCAUUACACGUAGCUGUCUUGCACUCGGGGGCUGCGAGAAUUGUGGAGAUGCUUCUUCACACGCAUCAGACUCUGCCUUACACACGCGACCUGGAGAACCUGACGGCUCUCCAAAGAGCCUUGAAGGCUAGACAUGCCAAAGUGGUACAAGUGUUUCUACAUGCGGUUCAGGAACACUUCCAUUCAGGUAUCAACGUUGUCCUCGAAGAAGCGGCUUUGGGUGACGCAGCAGGCCUGGAAUUACACGCCGCUCUUCACAAUGCCAUAAACCAGAAAGAUGAUGCAAUGACCGCAGUUCUUCUAAAUUGCAGGGGACUUGAUCUAGAUUUUCAAGAUCACAACGGCGACACGCCACUCCACCGAGCAGUCUAUCAUGGAUCUGAAGCAAUUGCCUUUCGACUCCUAGAGUCUGGUGUCGGAGUAAGCAUUGAAAAUUUGGCCGGGAGCAUAGCUUUGCAUGCGGCAGCGGCUAAUGGCCUUGUCAACGUGGUCCGCCGCAUGCUUGAACGCGAAAAGCUCAACCCCAAUCAUCAGAACAAAAAGGGCAUCACCCCCCUUCAUCUGGCAUUUAGGCAUAAUCAGCACGUCGUUGCCAGGAUACUCCUUAGCUCUGGCAAGGUCGAUCCCAAUAUUGAAGAUUUCUGGGACCGGAUGCCGCUCGAAUACAGCGCCCUACGACUAUCCACCCUAAUAAUUAGACUACUUUUCGAUUCAGAAGAGAUUCGUCCAAUGGACAACAGUCUUCGUCUAGAUCGGACGGGUUGGGAUGGUCAGAAUCUGCUCCAGAGGGUCAUUGCAUGUAGACCGAAACCAGAGACCCUGGACCUGCUCCUGACAAUAUCAAACUUUGAUGCUACGUAUACUGAUAACGAAGGACGGACAGCGCUACACUCGGCCGUGAUAUAUGGAGCUGGAAUCCAACUCUUGCUUGACACUGAGAAUUUUGAUUAUGCCCUGCGGUGGAAAGAUCAGAAUGGGCUGACUCCUCAAGAUCUGGCGGAGAAAAUGGGCAAUCAGAAAGCAAUUCGGGCUGUGACGACAGGCAAGAGUGCCGUGAGGGCAUAUAAAAGACUGGGCCCUCGGAAGAGGUCGAGUUAAAAGUUAAACGUAUCUG